CUCUUAUUGGACAAGAACUCCAUUUCCGGUUGAUGGAAUAGCAGGGUUUGUUGGUGGAACAGCAAUGGGGGAAAUAUUUGGGCUCACGAGCAAAUUUAGUUCAUAUUCAAUGACACAGCUAAACGAAUUGCUCGAGGAUGAUGACAAGCUCAAUGAAAUUGUCAAAGAAAUGGACGAGAUGCAGGAGAUGCAGCAGACUAAAGAGAUGACCCUUGCCAGUAACCGCAGUCUUGCAGAGCAGAACCUCAGGCUCCAGCCCAGUUUGGAACAACAGAAAAUGCAGCUAACCAAGCGCUACUGCUGUUUACAAGAGCUCUACGAGGCCUACCAGCUCCGCAAAUGCACUCUUGAUCACAACUCAGGGAAAAGCUCACUGGACACACUGUUAGCCCUGCUGCAAGCUGAGGGAGCCAAAAUUGAAGAGGAAACAGAGAACAUGGCCGACUCCUUCCUCGAUGGUGAUUUGUCUCUGGACACCUUCAUCGAAUCCUAUCAAAGCAAGAGAAAGCUGGCCCAUUUGCGGCGUGUGAAGAUCGAUAAGCUGCAGGAGAUGGUGCUCAAAUGUUUCCAGAUGCCACAGGCAUCAGUCGAGCAUGUUCACUCUCAGACACCCACCUCCACUGCACCUUUCCAUGGCCAGGUUAAUGGCUCCCCGGUUCCUAUGAGGGCAGCACCUUCAACUUCAGUCCAGCUGACAGGGCAGCAGGCGGCUUUACCCUACCCAGCAACUCCUUACCCUCCUGUCCAAAUGCCCAACAUGGUGCCAUCCUAUACAGGUCCACUGACACAGCCGUACACACCAGCAUUUCCUCAGAGGCCUGGCCUUCCCCCGAGGACUGGCUUCAUCAUGCAGUGAAAUAAUACUCAAGUAUUUUUAAAUGUAAAUGAAUAACCCGGGCAUUUUCCCUGUUGCUAAAAAAAAGAAGUUUGUAUGUAAGCACUUUGGUCUUGUACAGGUUUAUCCUCAAGUGUUGAUGGAUUAUUAUAAAUUGUCCUCACAUUUUGUUUUUUUUUUUAUUUGUAACUGCAGUCAGUAUGUUUUUCAAGAGGAAAUGACUUAAUUUUGUAGACAUAUCCACAAAAUGGACCAGUCCAUGUCUAACUAAACAGAAAUCUAGUCCUCUAAAGAAAAUAGUUCUUUACAGAUAUCAUGGAAGUUAAAACCAUCAAAUGAUGGCACUGGAUCUGAAAAAAAAAAAAAAAAAAACAUUUU